ACUAAUGUCCCCGCUACCUUCUGUUCCCCCCGGACUAACCUUAACACUCUCUCUUCUUGCCAAUAUUCUGCCGGUGAAACCCGAGCCGCGGGCCAAAUAUAGCCCCACACAGCGAGCCGUUAGGGACCGGGACAGAUGGGACAGCAGGCCACUGCAGAGGCAGUACGCAAUUGGACCCUGAACCGGAGAGAUCCUGCCGACCGUCACACCGAUAAGGCUGCUCUUUUCUCUUUUUGUCUCUUUUCUGACUUCAUAAACAGGACGAACCUGGAACCACAAAACCAGGAGGAAGCAUUUGGACAAACAGAUCAAUUCAAGGAUGCAGGACGGGAGUCGGAAUCCGCCGCUCCCCGUCUCUCAGCUGCUGAAGAACCCGGCAAGAGGCGGGACCUUGGAGGGCGAUGGGGGGGUGUUUUCCGAGGCGUCCUCCGACGGGGAGCUCUACCUGGACUCGGUGACAGAGCUGGAUUCUGGAGACGGAGACUUUGCAGAUCUCACUGCUUUCUUGAGUGCAGACGAGAUACACCGCAGCCUGGACCUGGCCCUGGAGGCCUUUGGCGACACGUUGGAGUCUGAAGAUCCAGGUCCAUCUUCUAAUCCCACAUCCCAGGAGCCGGCUCUCCAACCUGUCCCCUCCCUUCCUACUGAAAACCUCUACACAAGCCCAAACGUGCAGCACCAGACCAAAGCCCCCUUGUCUGUGCCCCCCGAGGGUGCUGCAGUUGAAGUCUCCUCGAGUCAGAACGCCCCCCUAAAGAAACCCCUACAGGUGUCCGCUGAGGCUCCGGCCUCUGCCGAGAAGGUCGCCCGCCGCAAACCAAUGCAGCCAGUUUACAAGCAAGACAAACCUCGGCUGGUCCACGAAGGCCUGGAGCUGAACGAUCGGGCCGGUUCCGCCACGGAGUUCUGCAGCCGAGCCGCCACGUUCAUCGAGGAGCUGUCGUCCAUCUUCAAAGGUUCUGCUCACCUGGAGCAGCAGCAGGCGGAGGAGGACUCGUCCUCUCCCGACAGCGGCUACCUGACUCCGAGGAGUCGGCGACCGGCCCCUCAGGGCUCGGCCUCCGCUCCCGCUCUGCCUCCCUGCCAGAAAGCGGAGACCGUGAGCCUGGAGCCUCAGCCCGGAAGCCCGACGGGUCCGCCGGCUAACGCUGGGUCUCAGCUCUCCGGAGCUCCGGCGGCAUACGGAUCGCUGUCUCCUCCCUGCUUCCUCCAGAAGCUGAAGAGCCAGGAGGUGGCGGAGGGAAGCCCCAUUCGUCUGGAGUGCAGAGUCACAGGAAACCCCCUGCCCCUCGUCAGGUAAGGUUUUGAUCUUCAAUCUGAAGUAGCUGUUCUGGAGCUUUCAGCAGAUGGUGUGUUCCUCUGUUGUGAUGGAACUGAAGAUGUUCAACUAUCCCAUUUUUCCUGAGCACUUGAAGGACUUCUGGUCCAUGUUGGUGUUGAAGGUUUGACCUGAAACACAUUGCUUUAGGGUGGGGGCUUGAGUAGACAGGUAGCCUCUGUUUUGAUAAUUAUAUCACACUGUACGGUGGAGGAGGAGCUGAGCUCCUGACUGCAGGUGUCAUAACCAGUUAAAAGUUUCUCACAGUAACUUUAACUAAUUUAAACAGUGUCAGCAUGUGCAUCUGUCAGAUAAAAUAAUAUUAAUUCAUAUUAUCUGGUAAAAUGAAUGGAAAAGAUUAACAAAUCAAACCUGUUAUAAUAAUUUACCUUACUGAACUUGUUUUAAACAUAAUUUGUUUAACUUACUCUUCUACCAAUUGAUGGAUCCAUUAUGUUCUUUUUAUUUAUUUAUCUUUUUGAUGAUGUACCAGGCAAUUCUGCUGAGUCGAGCUAAUGCUGAUGUGUCUUAAAGCUGCAUUCUCUCUAGUGUCCAC